CAACCGAACAGAUUCUCAUACCUUUCGCGGAAUAGAGAGACGACGGCUUGUGAAUCACAUAAGGUCUAAUACAUGCCUACAACGAUGAAACCUCCAGUUCUAAUCUGCGUACAACAGUACAAUGACCAUAAAGAGAAAAACGAAUUCAUUGAACAAUGUUUGAGUCGCCUGAGAUCUUACUUUCAAGUUGUUUUCUUGGAUGAUAUUGAGCAGAAUCCAAACAUAAAGAAAGAUAUUGUUGGUGUUGUCACACAAGCCCCUAUUCAACCUCUUCUACACAAACUGUUGACAACUCUUCCGAAUGUGAGAGUAUAUUCAAAUCAUGGAAUGGGAGUGGAUCAUCUUGAUCUAAAAUAUGCCAAAGCAAAAGGGAUACGAGUCGGAAAUACAAGAAAUGUUGUUUCUGACAGUACAGCAGAUCUUGCCAUUACUUUAAUGUUGGUUUCGACGCGGAAAAUACUGCAGGAACAGCAUUUUUACAUAUCCAAUUGUCUCAGGUUAAGCAACACCUACACGAUUAGUUCGACGUCUGUCUUAACCGCUGGGUUUAUGGUGCUGAGAUAUAACAGAUUUUUUGGGAAACUGAUCAGAAGAAACGAAGAAGACCGAGUCAAAGCUACGUUUUACCCUCGUUUGCAUGAUAUGUUACCCGAAGCGGAUGUCCUUGUUAUUGCUUGUCCUUGCACUGAACAAACGAUGAACUUGAUUAGUACAGAAGAAUUCCGGUUGAUGAAGAAAACUUCACUUUUGGUAAACAUCGCUCGAGGUCACACAUCUGAAUUAGAACUAUACAGCAUUAACAUUACAUUCUCUGAGCCAUUUGUCACGUCUGCUAGUUCAGAAGCUUCUCGAAGUAUAUCAGUUGACUUAUUAUUUUCAUUCUCACCGAAAUGUUUUGUGGUCGGCAAAGCAGUAAAAGAGCAACAGCAUUUGAAGGUGUAA